AAUGGAACUUCCAUUCAUUUCUCCGUGCACACAGAUUAAGCUUCUUAAUCAGAGUUCUCUCACUAAAGCCGCUUGUUAAUUAUUAUAUAUAAUUGCUUCCGCAAAAACAUGAAGCAAAAAAUAGUUAUCAAGGUGGAAAUGAGCAGUGAUAAAUGCAGAACCAAGGCCAUGAAGAUUGCCGCAACAACAUACGGUGUGAGCUCGGUGGCAAUACAAGGGUCAGAUAACGAUCAGUUGGUGGUGAGUGGCCAAGAUGUUGACUCGGCUAACUUGACCCGCUCGCUAAGGAAGAAGCUUUGCUAUGCCACCAUAUUGAGCGUCGAAGAAGUGAAGGACAACGCAGAAUCGACAGAAGAAAAAGUACCGGAACCCCCAAAUCCGGUAGAAAUCGACUUUUCACAGUUUCCGGUGUGUAAUUGUCAACCAUAUCAUCAACCAUAUCCCAAGUACUAUGAAGUCGUCUACGAUCCGUAUCAAAAUAACUGUUCCAUCAUGUGAUCGUACGAUUUAAUUACGAGAUCACCCUCUCUUUCAAACCCCCCGAACAUUUGUUCGAUCGAUCUGUUGAGUGUUGAGUUCGGUGCACUAUGUUGCUCCUAGCUAGCUAGUGUCAUCUUGGAGCGUGUUUUAGAUUCUAUUGCAAGUAUAUACGGAAGUAAUUAACUUCGUUGUACA